CAGGGGCGUGCGGGGCGGGAGCGGCGUGCGAGGCGUGCUGAGGUUCGCUGGAGAGACCAAGUUCGCCGCGGGGGAAUGGAUGGGCGUGGAGCUCGACACCCCCGACGGUCACAACGACGGCUCUGUCGACGGGGUCGUCUACUUUCAGUGCCAGCGAAACCACGGGCUGUUCGUGCGGAGGCAGAUCCUUUUCCGGGAGGGUCCCGAAGCAAGAGCAGAACGCCCACCGCUGGCGCGCGCCCCGGGCUCCCCGGCAGCGAAGCUGACCGGCGCUUCUCCAGGCCAGGCGGCGCAGGUGGCGCCCGCGGCGCCCGCGGCGCCCGCGCUGGACCUGCGGCGCUCCCCGCAGUCGGUCGCUGCAGUGCUGGCCGCUGUGCCCGCCCAGGGCAGCACGCGCACAGCCCGCGCGCGGGAGGCCCCGGGGCGGCCCGCGGGGUGGGCCCGUUUGGCGGCGGGCGCGCCCGAGGCGGCAGGGCCCAGGGGCGCGGUGAGGAGCUUGAGCCCGGUGAGCGACAUGCUCGGCGAGAUCGUCGUGGGCGAGUCCUCUGGCGGGGAGCCGGGCUGCCUCCAGGGCUGCGUCGAGGAGUGGAUGCUGCUGCCCUCGCAUCAGCUGGCCGAGGCCCUCGCGGAGUGCCGCCAGGAGAAGCAGGGGCUGGAGGAGCUGCUUGCGCGCGCCAGGGAGCACGAGGCGGAGCAGGGCGGCGAGAUCGCCCAGCUCCGGCGGCGGCUGCUGGCGGAGGGCCUGCCGCCGGGGCCGAAGAGCCCGUCGGAGAAGCCCGAGCGGCCACCGCUGCAGGGAAGACCGCGCCAGGGCAGCAGGAGGUGGGCCCCCUGCACGCAGCAGCGGUGGCCGCCGCUGCCGAGCGGGCGACGUUCGGGCAGGAACUGGACCGGCUGCGGGCCGAGGUCUCCGAGGAGGAGCAGCGGCGCGAGUCGGUCAGUGCGGCCGCGGCGGCAGAGGCGGAUCAGCUGAGGAAGCAGGCCUCCGAUCUACAGGCUGCUGCAGCAUCCGCGGCUGCUGAGAAGGUCACACUCGGGCAGGAACUGGACCGGCUGCGGGCCGAGGUCUCCGAGGAGGAGCAGCGGCGCGAGUCGGUCAGUGCGGCCGCGGCGGCAGAGGCGGAUCAGCUGAGGAAGCAGGCCUCCGAUCUCCAGGCAGCUGCAGCGUUCGCGGCUGCUGAGAAGGUCACACUCGGGCAGGAACUUGACCGGCUGCGGGCCGAGCUCGCCGAGGAGGAGCAGCGGCGCGAGUCGGCCAACUCCGCUGCACAAUCGGAGGCGGAUCAGUUGAGGCGAGCCCUCUUGACGUCCGGCGGGCUGCUGGCCGCCCGGCCGGCCUCGGCCUUGGCGCGGAUGCACCAGGGGAGAUCCUCCGGCUGCCGCAAGACCCUCCGGCCUCGGGAGCUGCCGGACUUGCUAGUCCAGUCCUGCCAGGUGCCCUUCUGCUCGUCGCCGCCCCAGCCCGACUGGUUUCGCCAGCCGCUGGAGCCGUCGAUGGCGCCGUCCUUCCACGGAUCACCGUCGAUCCACGGAUCAUCCUUCUUCUCGUUGCGCUCCGGGCGCUCGUGGCGCUCGGCGCCGCCGGAGCUGGCCGCAGCCGCGGAGGUGGAGCCCGAAGAAUCUCUCCCCUGCAUCGCCUCCCUGACGAUGUCACCGAUGAUUCUGUUCAGCUCACCCCUGGUCACCACCGCGUUCUCGGCCUGCCCCGGCGCCUCGGCCGUUCUCAGGCAGGAGUUGGACGGACUGCGGUCCAAGCGCUCCGCGGAGGAGCAGCAAUUGCAUUCGGCAAGAGCUGCCGUGGCGGCAGACGCGGAUCAGUUGAGCAAGCAGGCCUUCGCGCUACAGGCAGCAGUAGCGCCCGCGGAUGAUGAGAAUGUCGCGCUCAGGCAGGAGUUGGACCAGCUGCAGGCAAAGCUCUCCGAGGAGGAGCAGCGGCGUGAGUCGGCAAGCUCAGCCGCGGCGGCAGAGGCGGAUCAGCUGAGGAAACAGUCCUCCGAACUACAGGCAGCUGCAGCGUCCGCGGCGGAUGAGAAUGUCGCGCUCAGACAGAAGUUGGACUGGUUGCAAGCCAAGCUCUCUGAGGAGAGUCAGCGGUUGGAGUCGGUCAGUGCGGCCGCGGCGGCGGAGGCGGAUCAGCUGAGGACGCAGGCUUCAGAACUACGGCGCGAAAAGAGGCAUUUCGUUUUGCAAGCAGCGUCUGCCGCUGCCGAACAGGCGACGCUCAAUCAGGAGCUGGACCAGCUGCGGGCCAAGCUCUCCGCGGAGGGGCGGCGGCCAGUGUCCGCGGAGGCGGCGGAGGUGGAUCAGCUGAGCAAGCGCGCCUCCGAGCUACAGGCAGCAGCAGCGGCCGCCGCUGCCGAGCAAAGCGCGCUCAGGCAUGAGCUGGAUCGGAUGCGGGCCAGGCAGCAGCUGGAUCAGUUGUGGGUCAAGGUCUCCAAGACGGAGCUGCGGCGGGAGUCGGUCAGCGCAGCCGUGACAGCGGAGGCGGAUCAGCUGAGGAAACAGGUCUCUGAUCUUCGGCGCGAAAAGAGACAUUUCGUUUUGCAAGCAGCGUCCGCCGCUGCCGAACAGGCGACGCUCAGGCAGGAGCUGGACCUGCUGCAGGCCAAGUUCUCUGAGGAUGGGCAGCGGCCAGAGUCCGCGGCGGCGGAGGUGGAUCAUCUGAGGAAGCAGGCCGAUAUACAGGCAGCAGCAGCGGCCACCGCUGCUGAGCAGGCCCAGGUGCGGGCCAAGCUCUCCGAAGAGGAACAGCGGCGGGAGUCGGCGGUAGCGGAGGCGGAUCAGCUGAGGAAGCAGGUCUCCGAGCUACAGGCAGCUGCAGCGUCCGCGGCUGAUGAGAAGAUCACACUCAGACAGGAGCUGGACCGGCUGCGGGCCAAGCUCUCCGAGGAGAGUCAGCGGUUGGAGUCGGUCAGUGCUGCCGCGGCGGCGGAGGCGGAUCAGCUGAGGACGCAGGCUUCAGAACUACGGCGCGAAAAGAGGCAUUUCGUUUUGCAAGCAGCGUCUGCCGCUGCCGAACAGGCGACGCUCAAUCAGGAGCUGGACCAGCUGCGGGCCAAGCUCUCGGAGAUGGAGCAUGGGCGAGUGUCGGCGAGCCCGGCGGCGGCGGCGGAUCACGGUCGAGGCCUGUGCAUAGUCUGUGCGCAGGCCUGUCACAGGCCUGUCGACAGGCCUGUCGACAGGCUGUGCGCAGGCCUGUGGUGGGACUGGGAGAGGGCCAACGCUCCCGCGAUAGGCCUGUGCACAGGCCCGGCACAGGCCUGUGGACAGGUGGUGCCGACGGCGACGACCUCGCUGCGCGUCGGCGGCGUCGACGGGACCUCCGCGGUCCCCUCGGCAGCGCCCGGCGGGGAGCCCGCCGGCGGCAGCCCCAGCGGCCUCCUGAAGCUGCCGGGGGCAGGCGGAGAUCCGCCCGGCGGGCUUUCGCCCAAGGUGCCCGGGCGCUCCGUCGGCUUCGUGGUGCGAUGA